AUGCCAUCAGGUUUCAGAACUCCUUCAUGUUCGCUUGCCCAAGCUAUGUUGUGUGGAUUGAGAAGCCUCAAAAGAGUCGACAAGUCAUGGUCACCGAAGGCAUCGAAGAAGAAGAAGGCCGACAAGAACCCGUACUCGACGCGAGGCCUCGACAAGUUCGCCGCCGUGCUUGCUGACCUCGAGAACCGAAGGGCCAAGAUCAUGGCGAACGCUGGACCGCAGGAUGCGUCGACGUCGGUCUGGUUCAUGUAUUCGGAGUCCAGUGAGUGUGUGCCGAUCUUGUUAAGACACAACGAUCAUAUGAGCCGGCAGCCGAUGCCGCCGGCGGUGGCUCACGCCGCCGAUGAAGACCUCAAGGAAGUCAUACCGCUCGUGGGUUCUAAGGAUGAGAAGGAAGUCAUCAAGGAGAUGGUUGCAGUAUCGGAGAGGGAGGUGAAGAAACGAUGGUCAUGGAGGGACUGGAGGCCAAGCUACUAUUGGCCUCUGGUGAUGGUGACGGUGCUGAUACUGUUCUGCUUGUUGAUGUUUGGAAGAGUGUUUGCCAUAUGCUGCACCUCGAUAUGGUGGUACAUGGUGCCCACAAUGCAAGGAGAAGGUAAGGCUCAGAGGAGAAGGGUGAAGAGGAAGAAGGAUGACAGGCGGAUGAGUGAGAAGAGUUUGGUGGUGGCACCUUCCUCCUACCAGGACAAGAAGGUGGAGAGGACAUGCAAGUGA